ACAAAAAUACGCAUCGGGUCCUCUAUAUUAGGGUCAGAGCGAAUCCUAACGCAUUCGCUGAUCGAUGCAAACCUUGUCAAGUGACAUCAUCCCUCGCAUCAUUCAGGGUUUAGCUCAUGUAUAUGUAUGCACUUACACGAAUGCACCGCGUAUCACCCUCGGUUCGAAUGUUCCUCGAUCCGCAUUCAUCGAUAGUUCGAACCGAUAGUGCCUCACUUCCUUCCUCGAUCAAGUUCACUUCAUUAUUCUGAUGACUUUGGCAGUAAAGCGUGAAAAAAGCAUCGACCUCGUUUCUCUAUAAAAGUCGCGCAAUUAAUCGGUCUACUUCUACUCGAGUCCCAUUCGAACCCGCGACGAACAAUUGACAUUGACCAUGUUUUCGUCAUGUCGAGGAAUUCUCGCGUAUGUCGUCAGUUCGAAUUACAUCAGAGCUCCAAUCUGCUGAGUCUCAGAUUAUCCAACAGGACUAAAACAGAAAAAGGGAGAGCAAAUUCUACAGAAACAAGAAGAUAAUUUAUUCCACGAUAUUCCUGAAUUCGUGAUGGAGGUACCAAGUUUCGCUGAUCUCGGGAAAAGCGCAAGGGAUGUCUUCAAGACGGCCUAUCACCAAGGCAAGGGCCUUAUCAAGCUCAAUGUCAGGACCAAAUCCGCCAAGAGAUUUCAGAUGAUGAGUGACACAACUUUGAAUUUCGAGGCAUCAAAGUUAAGCGGUUUAAUGGAGACGAGAUACAAGGCGGACGCUGGAGCCCUGUUGCUAAAAUGGACGACUGAGGGCGUGCUUUUUCUGGGCUACGAGUUUAAUGGGCUGCUAAUGAAGGGCGUUGAUUUACUCUCCGAAUGCGCUUACAAUCCACAGACAUCCGCGAAAAGCGUGAAGGUCGGCUCGAAAUUCGCCAACGAGAGGAUCAACGCACACUGCGAGAUCUCCAACGAUCUAAAUUCGGGUACCAGUUUGCUCGGGACAGUGGUGGUGAAAUGCAAGGAUCUCCUCUUGGGCUGUCGAGCCGGCUACGACACAGCCCUGAACAAGGUGACGAAGAACGACAUCGGUCUGGUUUACGGUUGCCCCGAUGUUGAUUUGCAUUUUCGAUGUACUUGUAUACCACACGAGUACGGGCUCUCUGUGUGGUAUAAAGUGAAUCCUGACAUGGAUGUCGCGGUCAAUGGUAUAUUCGCGAGACGGGGCGACGUGCAAAAAUGGACUGUCGGUGCCGGGGCGAAGUGUAAAAUCGACGACAGCUCGACUUUGCGAUUUAAAUUCAACACUGAUUUACAAUUGGCCACGAGUCUCUUGCAGAAGCUAAACGACGGAGUCGCGUUAAUCCUUUCAUUCAACAUCGAUUGUGCGAACAUUACCAGAGGCGGUCACAGAGUCGGAUUGGCACUCAACGUCGAAGCUUAAAAUUGCAAAAUCCUUUUUUUUUUGGCAGAUAUUGCGCAGCAUACUUAUAUCAUCUAUUGUCUCU